ACAGCCCUAGUUGUCACAUAUCAGUAAUGGAACAUGGCCGUGGUCGUGCUCCGAGCUCACACGACGCUAAUGCGCUCCAGUUGUACCACAUCUGUCAGUCCCUACACGAUCCUAUGCGGUCCGCCAACUCAGGCCGUCUCGGCUCUCUGGUGGUCUACGCCAGAAGGAAUAAUUAUAACAAAAAACCGGCACGACCACGCAACAGACCGAAGGAUAUAUGCGAAUCUACAGACUUCCGUAAGUCGAAGACGAGCCUGUCUAAGUCUAAGGAAAAGGUGUCCGCAGAGGAAGAGAAGCUGCUCAGCAAGGAAGAAGAGGCGAAGGUCGUCACUCGCGUGGACAUGGCCGAUGCCCGGUAUGUGGUCGAGGACCACAAGAACGGAGAUGCCAACAUCGAGCUCGACGCUAAUAAGAGGCAAUUCACGGGCCUAACAAAGGAGGAGCUGAUGAAAUACGCAGAGGACCCGUUCUGGGUGCGCUUGCGGUGGUUCAUGUUCAUCUUGUUCUGGUCGCUGUGGCUGUGCAUGCUGGCGGCCGCCAUCGCCAUCAUCGUGCGCGCGCCCAAGUGCGCCCCGCCACCGCCUAAGACAUGGUAUGAAAAAGGACCACUAGUGGACAUGUCCUCUGUGGAGAGUUUUGAGGAGCUGGAAACGGAACUGCCACUGCUGAAGAGCAAUCAGGUGCAGGGUAUCUUCACUUACGUCUGCAAGGACACCUACGAAGUGCUGGAGGAACCCACCUGCCUUCAGAAGUUCAAAGAUUUUGUUACCAAAGCGAAGGAUUACGGCAUCAAGGUGAUUGUGGAUCUGACGGCCAACUCAGUUGGUACGAACCACUCGUGGUUUGUACUCAGUGAGAACCGCACCGCCGGAUACGAGCAGUACUUCCUGUGGGCGGACGGCGCAGGCUUCGGGGAGGAUCACAAGCCCAACCCUCCCAACAACUGGAUAUCAACACAGGAUGAACCUGCGUGGUCAUACAGCGAGAGACGCAAGCAGUUCUACUUGCAUCAGCUGGCGACGGACCAGGCCGACCUCAACUUCACCAACCCAGAGGUGGUACGUCGCUUUGACGAAGUCCUCAAGCUGUGGAUGGAGGCUGGAGCUCACGGUAUCAGGUUGGUGAAUGCCCGCUACCUAUUGGUGAACUCAUCUCUGUCGGAGGAGCAGCCGGAGCGCGGGGCGAUGUCUCUGGGUGCGACACACUCACAGCACGCCUACUGGCAACAUCGCCACUCCCGCGACCUGCCCACACUCCUCCCCUUGCUGCAGCACUGGGCCCACCUUGUGGACCACGCCCAGCCCAACACAGGACUAGGUGAGACAGUGUUCACAUUGUGGGAGUCUGUCCGGCCCGAGCUGUUCCUGGUGCGUGCCAACGUGUCCGGUGUACUGAGGCCCGCCAGCGCUGCGCCGCUGAACACCGCGCGUCCCGCAGACCUCGCAGCAGCACUCAGCAUACGUCUGCCACACUGGCCCGCCAUACAGUUGGAGGAAGAUGAGGAGAGUGAGGUGUGGAUGAUGUCUGCACUGCUGCCAGCCGCGCCAGUGCUCGCCCGCACUCAGCUGCUCGCCAACAAUGAUACUGAUAUGGUGUCGUGGGAGCGCGUGUGGGCGCUGCGCAGUGACGCGAGUGUGGAGCACGGCCGCUACAGCGUGUCCGCCGUGCCCGACCAGGACGGGCAAAAUACAUUCAUUGCAUGCGCCAGAUGGAAGGCUGGUCAUACUGGGUACGUGGCACUUUACAACGCGGGGGAGACUGCGCGAGCCAACCUCACUGCGCCCGCACCCGCCCUCUCAGCUCUGCCCGCCCGCCUCGCCGUGCACCACGUCUCGCAUACUUCCGCACUGCUCACAAAUUAUACAGUGAACAUGGAAGUGGAGGCGAGCUCUGUGCUGGUGCCGGCCAAGUCCGCGCUGCUGCUCUCCUUUGUGCCCAACGCAGCCGUCGAGGAGUAACCCCCCGCACCCACCGCCACCCCCUGUAGCGACCGCCGCACCCCCCGCGACCGCAGCGCCCCCUGUCGUUAGCGAAAUGUUCGCUUGCCGCCGCCAAAUAA